UCAUCUGAUUGGCAUCUCCCCCCACCGUCUCCUGUUAUACUAGGUGCAAUCUAUCUUUCACAUUGGUAUUAUACACCAGCCAGUGUCGACGCCAUCUCUCGUGCUUUCAACGCUCAGAUUGAAUCACGUGAGGAGGGACUCGUGGUUAAAGCGGCUCGGCUACCGGGCUUCCGACACUCCUCCAUUGUGGCGGGUGAUCCAAUGCAGUUGCAGUUGAGCAGGAUAGACGUCUCCACCAUCGAAGGCGAGGAAUCCACUUAUAGCGCUCAAGAUAGUGAUGAAGAUAUGGAGGAUGCUGGAAAGGCAUUGGAUGAGGAUUUUGGCUACAGUGCUUAUUAUCCUGGAGCUCGACUUCGGGCUGGGUGGUGGAAACUGAAACCCGAUUAUGUCCUCCAACUCAUGGAUGACUUCGACUGUUUACUGGUAGGAGCUUUCCUGUCUCCAUCGACAGAAAGGCAACAAAUGGCCAGUAUGGGGGCAGUGGGCAAUGCCAUUCGUCGGUCAUGUGGGGGUCCUAUCAUAAGCCAGUUUCUAUGCGCAGUGAAGUUGAAUGAGACAAACGAGACGUCAGAUAAUAUACACACUUUCCUUUCUUUCUGUCGUGUAAGCAUAUUGACCUUUGCCGAUUUAAUAAAUUUAUUACUCAAAUAG